UAUUUGCUGGAUGUGAACAGAAGGGGGAGCUGAGGGAUGCUCAGAAUCUUGUCCUGAGCCAAUGGGCAAACUCUAAGUGCAUCCUGAUGUCUGGUGUCCUAGAGAGGACAGAUUCCAGUACUGAGGAGACGCUGUAUUCCCAGGAGCACGUUUCUGACAAAUCACAGACAGCAGUGCCAGACGGCUGUGUUGGUGAUGUUUCUCGGUCUCCAAAGCGAGGGUGCUGUGAUGAAGUGUUAGGAAGAAACUGGAAUGCCUCUGAAGGUGAGAGCCUGGUACAGCCCCUCUACUGGGAGGGAGACGGCACACCAGUGACCGUGUCCCUUAAGGGCCCCUUAGGGGAGAAAGGUCUGAUUUGUAAUGGUUUUGACAAAAACUUCAGUUUGAGCCCAAGUCCAUUAGUGUGUCAGGGAAUCUCUGCAGAAGAGAGGCCACAUCCACACUACACUCCAGAGAACUUUCAGCACAAUAGAGACCUGACUGGCCAGGAGGGGCUUCCUGUGCUUGAGAGCCCUCUCAUAUGUACUGGGUGUGGGAAAACAUUCAGAGGAAACCUUGGCCUUGUUCAGCAUCAGGGAGUCAUCUGUUCAGAAUGUGGGAAAUCUAUUAGCCAGAACUCUGUUCUUAAAAACCACUGGCAACCUUACCUAAAUAUGAAAACCUUCAGCCAGAACUUAAGCCUUAAACACCAAAAGUCUCCUGUGGUUGAGAAGCCUUAUGAAUGCAGCGAAUGUGGGAAGGCCUUCAGGUGGAGCUCAAACCUCAUCCAACAUCAAAGAAUCCAUUCUGAAGAAAAGCCGUACGCAUGCAGCCGGUGUGGGAAGGCCUUCAGGCGGAGCUCACACCUCACUAAACACCACAGAAUUCACACUGCUGAGAAGCCUUUCGAGUGCGAUGAGUGUGGUAAAGUCUUUAGCCAGAGUGCACACCUCCGGAAGCAUCGGAGGGUUCACACCGGGGAGAAGUCUUAUGAGUGUAAUGACUGUGGCAAGUCAUUCAGCCGCCUCUCGAAUCUCAUCAAGCAUCAGAGGGUCCACACCGGAGAGAAGCCUUACUCGUGCAGAGACUGUGGGAAGGCCUUCAGCCAGAGCUCCAGCCUCACCCAGCACCGGAGAAUCCACACCGGAGAGAAGCCUCACGUGUGCGGUGAGUGCGGAAGAACCUUUAGUUACAGCUCUGUGCUCAGGAAGCACCAGCUCAUUCACACCGGUGAGAAGCCGUACAGGUGCAGCGUCUGUGGGAAGGCCUUCCGGCACAGCUCAGCCCUCGUCCAGCAUCAAGGUGUGCACACUGGAGACAAGCCCUACGAGUGCCACGAGUGUGGAAAGACCUUCAGCCGGAGUUCCAACCUCAUCCUUCACCAUCGAGUCCACACUGGAGAGAAACCUUAUGAAUGUACUGAGUGUGGGAAAACCUUCAGCCAGAGCUCCACCCUCCUUCAGCACCAGAGGACCCACAAUGGGUUAAAACCGCACGAAUGUAACCAGUGUGGCAAAGCCUUCAACCGGAGCUCCAAUCUUAUCCACCACCAGAAAGUCCACACUGGGGAGAAGCCCUACACGUGUGUUGAAUGUGGGAAGGGCUUCAGCCAGAGCUCACAUCUCAUUCAGCACCGGAUAAUCCACACUGGAGAUAGGCCCUAUCAGUGCUGCAAGUGUGGGAAAGCCUUCAGCCAACGGUCAGUCCUCACCCAGCACCUCAGCCUUCACACUGGCCUGAAGCCCUAUGACUGCUCUGCUUGCGGGAAGACUUUCAGCCAGCGGUCCAAGCUGGUUAAACACCAGUUAAUUCAUACAAAGGAGUAGCCUGGGCCAGGCGAUGGUGGCGCACGCCUUUAAUCCCAGCACUCGGGAGGCAGAGGCAGGUGGAUCUCUGUGAGUUCGAGGCCAGCCUGGUCUACAAGAGCUAGUUCCAGGACAGGAACCAAAAGCUAUGGAGAAACCCUGUCUCAAAGGAGUAGCCUGGAGGCUGGGAGGAGGAAAGCUGGGCCUUGGUUCCUCUCGGAUUCUUCUGGCCCUUGUUUCAUUCAGCCUUCCCCUUCCUAGACUUGAAGCCAGGCUCACUGAUUUUUAUGCCCAGCUGCCACAAAACCUGGAGCCCUCCUUUGAAACAUCCUACAGGGGUCCCUUUUGCUGUUGCUGCCAACUCGGGACCUCUCUCUGCAUUCUGUUGUCUUUCUUUUUUUUUUUAAGAUUUAUUUAUUUAUUAUGUAUACAGUGUUCUGCCUGUGUGCAUACCUGCACCCCAGAAGAGGGCACCAGAUCUCAUUACAGAUGGU